UGAAACAAAAAGGAUAUAUGUAUUUGUUUGUCUUAAUUACAAAAAUAUUUAACGUUAAUCUAUUAUACAAAAGAUUUGAUACUCUCCUUAUCAAGAAAAUAAUCUAUUAUACAAAAGAGACAUAGAACAUAGUCCAUUAGUACUUGCAAUAUCACAAGCCACAAUUCAGAUAAUUCAACAUCAAAGUAAAGAUUUAGAAAGCAUCUAAAAAGUACCACCAACAGGUUCUCUUGUUUGCAAAAUUUUCUGGGCACGUUUGACUUCCAAAGGUCAAACUGUCAAACGUCCCCUUGGUCAACCAUCUUCGUGAGUUAAAUGCAAUUUGCGCAAUAGAGGCAAUUACUAACAGUGUAUAAGAAGUAAUAUCUUUUUGGAGUUAUGACAAUGAUGGUAGGUGUACCACAUGAAGUAUUCUAUCGGAUGGGUUUGUCUGACAAAGAUAUAGUGGCAGUAUCGGGGGGUCAUAAUCUGGAAAGGGCACAUCCAGAGAGAUCAGGCUUUGAUGGUCCAUGGACAAAGGAGCCUCUGAAAUUUGAGGAGCUACUAAACAGGGAAAAUGAGGGCCUGCUGAAACUUCCCACUGACACAGCUUUACUGGAAGAUCCUGUGUUCAGACAUUAUGUUGAGCUGUAUGCUAAGGGGAUAGGAUGAAGGAGACGACCUCUUCAGUGGAGAUCUGAUGGUACAAGGGAGAGGAUGAAGGAGACGACCUCGCUGGUGGAGAUUCGGUGGCACAGCGGAGAGGAUGAAGGAGACGAGUUCUCCGCGACCUCUCCACCGGCUACAGUGGGUAAAAAAAAAAUAGUGGCUAAACCGGGUAAUUAUUUUACCCUAAUUGGUAUAGAGUGUAAAAAUCCCAAAAAUUAAUUUACGUAUCACUUGAUGUUUGGUAAAAUGAAAGAUCACAGAUUUUUAUGUCUUAGCAUCUACUUGCGAUUUGUAUAAGUGUAGAGAAAGCACCUUUGGCAUAGAUCAGACAACAUUGAAAAUUGGCAGAGAUUGGGGAGUUUAUUCGAGUUUUAAGGGUCAAUAGCACCCUGUAGUAAAUUUUAAUUUUGGUUCUUGUGAUAUCUGACUGAGAAUAAAACCUUCAAUUAUUUGAG